UCUAUCAGUCUAAGACCCGCCUCCUUCUGACGAGCAUUAAUAGCGCUUGCGCAUAGUCGGUGAGAAGAGCAUUACAGCAACGAAAAUGAUCAACUGGAAGGCCUUGGACAACGUCCCCCUCCUCUUCUACAUCCUGGCCCUGAAGACGAUGCUGCUGUGCUUGGCCUUCGCCGGGGCCAAGAUUUACCAGAGCAGGAAAGCCGAGGAGGCCCUGAAGAAGCAGCAGGCCGAGAGGAGGCUGGCUCAGCAGACGCAGGAACUCAUCGACAACCUGAAGGAGGACUGAGGAAAUCCAGAGGAGCAGAACGAGCUGAGCUCCUCCCAACGAGUCGGAGAAGCAGAAAGAAAGAGGAGAAUCUGGAGAUUCGCUCUUCAGCACUGGGAUGUUGACUUCACAAGUUUUACUCCAUAUUGACUGACUGUAUUUUUAAAAUAUAUAUAAGAAGAAAGGAAAGCAGAAUCUAUUCAAACAUGGAAAAACUGCCUUGCUGUCACUCAUGGUCUGAGCUGAGCUUUGUCUACAUGUGUGGCUGAAUUUUCACUCUCUGAAAUAUUUUUGCGCUUAUAUUUGUAACUACAUUAAAUCGUUUGCCCCACA